AUGUUUCUUAUCCGCCGUUCUUUACUAUGUACUAUACUUCAAGGAUAUCUUCCCGCCCUUGCUAAACCGGCCUACGACUCACCCGAGCUCGACGAGGACUACGAUGACGGCGUCCAGCCGUUUUGGGGAUAUCCCCCAUCUCAGGUCGAUCACAACCAGGAAGCUGAGACAACCCCUUUCCAGGGCGCACAACACGGCGAAUCUCAGAUCCAGUCUGCUGCCACCGAUGUAACCUCUCGACCCUUUACCAAAUCCCGCAGAACAUUUGACGCCCAGGCCGUAUAUCCCGCUGAGGCCUGUCUCUUCGUUGCGAAUCUUCCCCAGAACGUCGAUGAUGUAACUAUCGAGAGAGACCUCACUGUAUUCUUUAGUCGAUACGGGACUGUCUUUAUCAAAGUGAAGCGUGAUCGACGACUUAUGCCUUACGCUUUUGCCCAAUUCACCGAACGCACACAUGCCGACUUUGCUUUACAGCACGCAAGUGGUCUUGAAAUCUUGGGUCGCUAUCCUCGCUUGGAAAAGUGCGGAGGAAACCUAUCCUACAUCAUCUUCCGCAAGGACAAACUCCCAGUUCAAUAUGAUGAUGCCUACAACAUUUUCUCCCCAUAUGGAAAGAUUGCUAAGAUCGAAACUUUGGACUAUAAAGUCCAAAUCAAGCUCCAUGUGCCUCCAUCUAUGAUGGUACAGUAUGAGAGAUUCGAUCCUAAGCGAGAUGUCAUCAAAUCUUUCGGCCACUCCGAUGUCUUUAUCAUCAUGUUGUAUGACCCUAAGAUCGGCCAAGAUCCUUCCGAACGCACCUCUGGUGACCGAACUUUCAUGGAGAUCUACGACAAGAAUCGUCGCUCUAUCUUCAUGGGUAACAUGCCUGCACACACUGACGAGCGACUUGUCAACAAGCUGGCUUCUCAGUGCGGAGAUGUUGCUUCUGUUGAUCUUCGAAGUAUUCCUGAUGCGAACGGAGGUGCUCCUAAUGUCUAUGCCUUUGUCGAAUUCGAGCGCCCAAAUGCCCCUGAUGAGGCCGUGCGCCAAACGGAACACAUGUCGAGGGUUCCAUCUUGCGAGUUGAGCGAAGGCGAACCAGGCCUCCUCGCGAUACACGAAGCUUCUCGGUCUCACAGUCGAUGCGGCCACUGCCAUUAG